UGACUAUUUUCUUGUUCCUUCUUCACAUGUUCUAAGUUCCCUUCAGUGAACUUGGUUGCUGCUCAUCCCAAAAAUCUUUACCUUUUUACUGUUUUUAAUUCAGAUACAUUUGAAGUUCUUUUUUUCCUCCCAGUCUGAUAAGUAUCUUCUGUUCUCCAACAGUUUAAAGUUCACAUGUUUAAAGAAAAAACACCAAAGCCCUGAACUGUUUUUUAGUCAAAAGGUUUAAAAAUCGCAAAACUUUUUUAAAGCUUGAAAUCUAAAAACUGCGGAAGGAAUCUUCUUGAAACGUCAGCUGUGUUGAGAAACCCGUUCUGAGCUGUGAUUGGUCAGAGAUGAAGAGAGAGAGCAGAGGUUUGGGGGGGCGGGGAUGCUGAUGUGAUAAAGAGACAGCAGACAUGAACUUAGAGACACUGAGAGGACAUGGAUCAUCCAACACUGAUGCUGCUGGUGACUCUCUGCAGUUCAGGACUCUGUGCUGAACUCCAUUCAGGUUCAGAGGAAUUCAGGCUGGUGGGAGGAGCCAGCCGCUGCUCUGGCAGACUGGAGAGGAAGGUUCUGGAAGAAUGGGAAGAAGAGGUUGAAGACAAUGAUAAUCUGAGGUGGAACUUGGAGCGUGUGGAUAAUGUGUGCAAAUCGCUGGACUGUGGAUCUGUGGUGUCUAUUAGGAGAAUUCAAACAUCUUCUCUUCUUGAGUUUAACGUGGAGAUCAACUGUUCAGACUCCAUCAGGCUGGUGAACCAUCUGUGCUCAGGCAGGCUGGAGGUGAUGCUGAACGGCUCGUGGUCCUCAGUGAAUGAAGAUGACUUUGACCAGCAGGAUGCAGAGGUGGUCUGUAGGGAGCUGGGAUGUGGGCCUCCAUCAGGCCUCCAGGGGGCGCUCUAUGGAGGAACAGAGGCUCCAGAGUGGAGCAGAGAGUUCCUCUGUGAAGGUCAUGAGUCUGCUCUCCUGAAAUGUAGAAGCUCUGUUCAAAAAUAUUCUGGAAAAGCUGCUGGACUCACCUGCUCAGAUUCUGGAAACAUUCGGUUGGUUGAUGGAGACCAUCGUUGUGCUGGAAAACUGAACUCGAAAUACAAAGGAGAAUGGAGAUCUGUUGAUGGCUAUAAUAUUAACAUGAAGUUUGCAGAGUCUGUAUGUGAACUGAUGGACUGUGGUUCACCAAUCACACUCAGAAGAAGACGACAAGACUCUGGAGAGACUGUCUGGAGACUCUAUAGUAGCUGUGAUGGAUCUAAUUUAAUGGAGUGUUGGAAAUACCCCAUGACUGGCAGGGUUUUUAUUGAGAUCACCUGUUCAGAAUUCAUCAGGCUGGUGAACGGAGACAAUCAGUGUUCAGGCAGGCUGGAGGUGAAGUCUAACACCUCCUGGUCCAUAGUGUGUGAAGAUGACUUUGACCAGCAGGAUGCAGAGGUGGUCUGUAGGGAGCUGGACUGUGGGCCUCCAUCAGGCCUCAAGGGGGCGCUCUAUGGAGAAACAGAGGCUCCAGAGUGGAGCAGAGAGUUCCUCUGUGAAGGUCAUGAGUCUGCUCUACUCGACUGUAAAAGUAGCAGUUCAUCUCAGAAGUUCUGUUCUUCUGGUAAAGCUGUUGAGCUCACCUGUUCAGUCCCUUUCAGGUUGGUGGGAACAAACAGCCGCUGUGCUGGAGUUCUGGAAGUGUUCUACCGCAAAGAGUGGAGACCACUUUAUGUAGAUGAAUCAGACUUCAACUGGAACUAUGAAGCAGCAACUAGAGUGUAUACAGAGAAAGAGAUCAGACUGGAGGUGUCGUGCUCAG